CUAAAAAUACCCGGCUGGAGACCCAUAAAAGCGCCGCCGGGGCCCGGACCCAGCACUUCUCCAACCUGAGCCCGACGCGCAGAGAACAGCCCCGCCGAGCCAGCAUGACCGAGCGCCGCGUGCCCUUCUCGCUCCUGCGGAGCCCCAGCUGGGACCCUUUCCGCGACUGGUACCCGGCCCACAGCCGCCUCUUCGACCAGGCCUUCGGGCUGCCCCGGCUGCCCGAGGAGUGGUCGCAGUGGUUCGGCGCCAGCGGCUGGCCGGGCUACGUGCGCCCGCUGCCCGCCGCCGAGGGCCCCGCGGCCGUGGCCGCGCCCGCCUACAGCCGCGCACUCAGCCGGCAGCUCAGCAGCGGCGUCUCGGAGAUCCGGCACACGGCCGACCGCUGGCGCGUGUCCCUGGACGUCAACCACUUCGCCCCGGAGGAGCUGACGGUCAAGACCAAGGACGGCGUGGUGGAGAUCACCGGCAAGCACGAAGAGAGACAGGACGAGCACGGCUACGUCUCCCGGUGCUUCACUCGGAAAUACACGCUGCCCCCCGGUGUGGACCCCACCUUGGUGUCCUCCUCCCUGUCCCCUGAGGGCACACUCACUGUGGAGGCCCCGAUGCCCAAACCAGCCACACAGUCAGCUGAGAUCACCAUCCCUGUCACCUUCGAGUCGCGAGCCCAGCUGGGGAGUCCAGAAGCUGGGAAGUCUGAGCAGUCUGGAGCCAAGUAGAGGCCAUUACCCUGCUACCCACCACUGGCCACCCCCUCCACCCACCUGUGUGCUCUUUUGAUACAUGUACCUUCUCUUUUUCUCAAAUAAAGUUUGAAGUAACUGCC